AAAAGCACCACAGUGUCAGUCCGUCCCUCUGGUCCAGUGCCAGAGGACACCAAUGUGACACUGACGUGCACUAGUGAUGCCAAACCAGCAGUCAGGAAUUAUACCUGGUACAGAGCUGAUGGAGGACAGGAGACUUUCAUCGGGACUGGACAAACUUUAAAUAUUACAGCUUCUAAACUCACUGCUGCUUUUAUCUGCAUGGCUGAAAAUUUACUUGGAACAGGACGAUCCAACAUCAGUCAAAUAGAUGUUCAAUAUUCACCAAAAAUCACCACAGUGUCAGUCCGUCCCUCUGGUCCAGUGCCGGAGGACACCAAUGUGACACUGACGUGCACUAGUGAUGCCAAACCAGCAGUCAGGAAUUAUACCUGGUACAGAGCUGAUGGAGGACAGGAGACUUUCAUCGGGACUGGACAAACUUUAAAUAUUACAGCUUCUAAACUCACUGCUGCUUUUAUCUGCAUGGCUCAUAAUUUACUUGGAACAGGACGAUCCAACAUCAGUCAAAUAGAUGUUCAAUUUCCUCCACAGAUUCUAAACUCAUCUGUUUGCACCAAAACUGAAAGCCAGGUCAACUGUUCCUGUGAGACUGUGGGAAACCCUUCCCCCGUUUUACACUGGAAUUUGGAUGGGCUACCUGUAGAUCACUCUGACAGGUUUGCAAUCAGCAAUGAGUUGCUAAAUGACACAGGUGUGAGGAGCGUCAUCACUGUGAGUCAGCCACCAUGGGGCGAUCUUUCCACCUUGGUCUGCCACAGCUCCAACUCUCUGGGAGCUGCCAGUCAACGUUUCUGUGUCACCAGCCUUGAGCAACAAACCUCUGCAGGAAGUCAAGUCCAAGUGCCGCUGCCAGUCUUCAUCACCACAGUCGCCGCUCUACUAGUACUAGUAUGUGCUCUGCUGUUUGUUAUCAGGGUUCAGAGGAUUCACCAUAAGCUUCCUAAGAGUCAGUGUACUGGUGACACCAGCGCAUUUGCUAUGGACCAACUUCUAACAAGAAGCGAGGGAAAUGAGGCACCCAACACAACAGAAGAGGACAUUUAUGCCAACACCCAUGGCCUGAGAGAGGCAGACAUCACCCAACCUGCAACUACCUCUGAAUCAAACAGCACCAACUUGCCAAGCUCUGGACCAAACGAUGCAGAAGAAGCCAGUAAAAGCUCAGAGAAGAAGAAUGAAGAUGGGAGUGAUGUGGUUUACUCUACUGUGCAUUGGAAGCGCAAAAGCAAGAAGAAGCAAGAAGACUCUGUGGACAUGGUUCCACCUGGUACCUCCUAUCUGGAGGAGGAGAGGUGCAUAGUGGGAGACAUGGGCAGAAAUUUUGUGAGCCACGCACUGGAGAUGAGCCUAUAUGCAGAAGUGGAGCCUAAAAAUGUGAAGAAGGAAGUGGAAUGUGAAUAUGCUCAGGUUAAAUUCAAAGACAAGAGUGCUAAGAACAAAUAGGUCACUGUUUUGUUGGUAGUUGUUGCUUUUAACCAAACUACGUCAUAGAAAAAAAAACAAAAAAAAAACAGGAUUACUACGUGCAUUUGUUUUUCAGCUCAUGACUGAUUUUAGUUUUUUUUUUUUUUUCUACAUAAUGAUGAACGUUUUAUACUAUUGCUAGGGCGUACUGUGUUAAUGCAAAAUUUAUAAAAUGCCGUAUAUUCAGAUUUGUUUUCUGCUUUUAUGCUGAUGUUGGUCAUAUGUAAAUUAAGACACUGCUGUUUUACAUUUAUUUGACAGUCUGGCAAAUAAUAUUUUAUUUCACAGAUUGUUUUUAACAUUUGCUUCUCUGUUUAAAUUGUUCUGACUGUAAAUAUAUGGAGACGAAGAGACAGAUGGAUUUUUUUUUUUUUUUUGCAAAUAUAACAGUUGAUUAACUUAUCUUUUAGGUCUUGAGUUGCAGGUGUGUAUUCUUUCAGGACUUUUUUCACAUCAGACAAUUUGGUAUGUUAUUUCAGGAAAUGUAACUGACAACAUAAAAAAAAAAUAAAAAACGCAUUGCAUUUAGGUGAGUUGGACCCAGAGUCCUGUUAUUGCACAUGCUGGCUCACUGGGACACUUGGACCUGCUAUAACAUGUCAAAACGUGUGCCAUGAAAAAUGUCUAUAGCUGAAAGUUUCCAUCAAUCUGCGAUUUUGUAUUUAAUAUAUCUUUAAUGCAUCUUACGCUUGCCACUGUGUUUUAGACAUUUACUGUACAUCAAGUGUUAAGUACACCAGAUUCUAGAAACAGGCAAGAGAGCCUCUCUUUUAAGCUUUCUCGUCUUCCAGGCUGACUGCUUUAAAUGAGCUCCAGCAAGUUUCCUGUUCAAGACUGAAUAGAGCAGAGGGGGUGUAGAGAGGAUUAAGUGGUGGUAAAGUGGUGGACUUGGUAAGUCCAGUAAUAGAUCAGUCGAGCAUCACAGACACAUUCACACAGCAGCUCAUCUAGCAAGGUAAGCCCUCUUGUCCAUGUCAGUCAAAGAAAAAUAUAAAAUCCAGUGACUAUUUUUUUAAUUCUCAAAGCAUAAUACUUGCUUCCCUAUGACAUGUUACAGAAUAAUGGGCUGUUCUGGUAUGAACAGAUAUUUAAGAAUACCUUUUCUGAACUGUAAUAAGCCUGGAAGUAUUUGAAGCCUUUAAGUGUGAAGAGGAUUCGUAGUGACAUGGUGACUUACUAAUACAUAACUAAAAUACGAGACAUCAUUAAACGUCUGUUCAGUAUUUUAAACACCGUCUCCUGUGUCAAGGUGUAAAAUAGCAUAGUAAUGUGCAGAAAUAGUACAAUACAAAAUCAUCAUGAUCUAACAGUAGACACAUUGUUACAGCUGCUGUGUUUCAGAAAUUAAGAGGUGACUUACUGAAUGGUGUACAGGGACUACUCUCUUCAUGGAGACUGUUCAUCUGCUCAGACUGCUGAUCUUAUUUAAUGGUAAUGUUGAGCUUUCUGUUUGUAUUUAGUUUUUCUGUUUGUAUUGUAUAUUAAACAUAAAGAUAUGACAAUAUGUGUAUAUUUCAAAUAUUAGUGUCAUCUUAUAAGGACUAUGAUAAACUUCUGGGAAUAAAGUUGAGAAAAAAAACAAAACAGCUUUAAACCUGCAUAAUUCUCACAUACAAACAAAAGAAUGUAACUAUUGCCCA